UUUCGUGUUCACUGUUGUUCUCUUACUUUCCAAAUCCUCCCAGUGGCUUCUCUGACGGUCGGAUCCAAGAAACUUACAGCCUCAACACGGAGUGUGCCACGUCAGUAGAAUACCUUGAGCGGGUCCUGUGUGACACUGUGUGUGUCCCGCGCGGCGAAUUCCGUUUUUUUCGGUAUCUUUGAGACCACAAGUCUUCUAACUGUCAAAUAUUCUCAUUUCCCCUCUGUGUUUCGUCUUUCUGGAGCGUUACCGUGCGCUUGCCAUUUUUAAAUUUCAGCCGCGACCGAGGCGUCGCCCAUCGCGUGCAAGGCGCGUCGACAUGCAUGGCCUCUUCAGCGUCAACUUCUGUUUCCUGACGGCGCGGGCGAGUCUACCCCAUGCUUCGUCAUUUCCUUUCCCGAUUUAAUUUUUUUGACGAGUUUGUGAUUCCUCAUACCUCUGGAAGACCCCCUGCGUUCCUCAGGUCUCCACACACAGUCCAGACGACGGCGUAUAGCGACCGAGGUGACCGCAACAGGAACGCGUGAGCAUCUUUGUCACAGCUUCUUCGCUUCUUUCCCCCUAUAUUGAUUCAUGGAAGCUGAUUCAACAGCGCAAUGCCUGCACAACUCGAGAGAGAGGCGACGGAAGCGCAACAGAAGACCUGGGAGAGCGCCCGAAGGAGGCCUGAAGGACAUUGGAGAAGCACAAGGCGAACUUGAGACGAUGGAAUAGAUCUCACAAACUUGCGGAGGCGAAUCCAGCGAGGAAAUAGACACGAGGGAAGGCAGACAAGCGGAGCGCCAUUCGCAGGAAUGUGUACGAGACGACUUCCGCCUCUCUGCUUGAAAACAUGGAGAGGCCAAAGGGGGUGCUGUUGAAGCUCCGUCCUGUCUUCCAAACGGGGCACUCGGUGCUUCCUGAUAGGAUCGCCUCGACACGGCACUGUUUGGAGUUUCAGAGGAGAGAGGACAGUGUCGAGAAGCGAAAAAGAGGUCGAAUCUUGACAAAGAUUUUGUCGUUCUUCUCUUUGCCACCGACCUCAUGUGAAGACUCGAAUCGCGUAGACUCCCGAAACUCUCCUCGAAAGCACAACACACAUUUGACGCUCAGGGCUUCCGCUCCUCUCAGUCGCAUCUCUUGUUUCCUCUUCUUUCUCUCUUUGGUCGAGUCCGUUCGCUCUGUCUGUCCCCAGAAACCAAAUAGAGAAAUUCGCUGGAAAAACAGCGACAGCUGGUUCGCGGAUCGAAACUCAGUUUUAGGUUUGCCUUCUUUCUGUCGAGGGGAGACGGGAACUUCCCUCAAGAACAGACUUCGCUUUCCACCUCCGAGAUCCACCGUGAACCUCCUUGCCAGCUUGUCAGCAGCCUCGCCACGGACACAGCCUUCUUUGUUUUCUCCAACUUGGGGAGACCAGCCUGGCUCCCCUCAUUCGCACGCGCCUGCCGUGUCUCGACCCUCCAUCUCGCUGCUCUCUCCUUCGUUUCCUUCCUCGCAAAGUUCCCCUGCUUCCAGUUCUUCUUCGUCUCCCCUGUCUCCUUGUCUCCCUUCUCUCCUUCCUGCUUCUGCCACAGACCGCCUCACGACACGGCUGAGAGCUUCUGCGAACUCGCUUCUACAACGUCAGCUGUGUACUGGCACAACCGCCUCACCGGAGACUCCCGUCUCUGCCCUUUCUCCCUUGCUCUUUCUGCCGGCGUCCCCCGCGCGGGCCUCGCUCUCUACGUGGAGAAACCUACACCCGUCUCGUCGUAGUUCCUGCUUCUCUUUGUUUUCUUCUUCCCUCUCGUUAGGUCAUCCUCGGUCUUAUCCAGUCUUCAGUGCUUCGCCGUCCGCUCCCUUCCUGCCUGCGUCUUCCACUGCCUGCCUGCCCUAUCUGCACUCUUCUUCUCCCUAUCCGUAUGGCGCCGGUCCUUCUUCUUCGCGUUGGUCAUCUGCCCGUCUCUCGUCCUCUGCUUCUGCUUCUUUAUCUCCUUCCUCUUCUUUAUCUCCUCCCCAGGCAGGUCUGUUUUCUGCGCCCUCUGGUUCGAGGACUGUCUCCUUCUGGGAUCACGCCAGCCGCGCUCUCGGGAGUCUGGGGGACUACUGGCGGAACCACCGUGUGAGUCUUCAGCACUUUGACGAGGAAGAAGACUCGCAAAGAGUGCCUGACAAAGGCCCGUGCGGCCUUCUCAGCGCAGGAGAAAGAGCCGCAAACAGAGGUUCCAAGAAUGGAGAAAAGACACGAGAAAACGCUUCUGCCAGUGAUGUUGGAGAAGGCAGGCAGGCGGCCGAGGACGCAGAAACAGGAAUGACGAGGAAAGAAGACGAGACGAAGACACACGGAAUCGUGAGCUGCAAACGCUCGCGUGUCUCGGUCGUGAGGCUGUUCAAGGAGCUCCGCGCGACCGUCGACCCGUGGAUUUUUGCGGCCUCGGUGGCUCUGUCUAUUCUUGUCUCCUUAGCCUCUUUCCGGCGUUCGUUUCUCUCUGGGCGGCUCUACGACCGCGCGGCCUGUCUCGCGCAGCCUAUCACUGGUGGAAAGUCUUCGACGUCUCCUCAGCGGUCGUUUCUCGCUUUCGCACGCAAAGCGCCCACAGCAGACGACGCACAGGAAAAACGCACACUCUACGCACUGCUCCGGAGACACGCGGUUCGACUGCUCUUCCCCUCUUCCUCUGUUCCUCAUUCAACGGAUUCGUCCCCUUCCUCGCUGACGUCUCAGUCACCUUCUUCUCCUUCUUCUUCUUCGUCUCCUUCUUUGUCGGCCUCUUCGUCAGCUGAGCAGCGAGGGCGAGAGUCAAGUUUCUUGCGGCAGGGCGUGAGGGGGCUCUUGCUGAGAAGCACUGGAGUUGGAGGAGAGAGAGCUAGGUCUUUCUUUUCGCUGCCUUCGACCGCAACAGAAGCAGAGCGAGACCUCUCACCCGUCGAGAGAAGCGAGCGACGAAUGCACGCCUUCUGGACUCUCCUGCCGCUCCUAGGGCGCCUGGCAGCCUUCUCAUGCGUAGAACUCGUCGGCGGCGUACUCAGAAACUUCCUCGCUUCUUUGACGCGCUGCAGAAUCGAAGUUAACAUGCGAAAGCGUUUGUUCAGAAGUCUCAUUCGACAAGACAUGUCCUUCUUCGACUCUCACUGUGUGGGGACGCUGGCGAGUCGGCUUAUCAACGACACUGAAGAUCUUCAGGCACUUGUGAGUGACGGAGGAACGAAGCUGUUGACGGCAGUGUUGAACUGCGUCGGAGGGAUUUCCAUGAUGGUCGCCACAGACGCGACAAUGUCAGUCGUCGGCCUACUAGGAAUUCCUCUCUUCCUCGCCGCGACGGGGCAUGCCUCGAAACUCUCUGGAUACUACGGACUUCUGAUCAAUGACGCACUCGCAGAGGGAAACACAGUGGCUACCGAGGCGCUGGCGAACAUCGAGGCUGUCCAGGCGAACUGCGCGGAAUCGAGGGAGGUGACGAAGUACGAAGCCUCCCAGAACGCGUAUAGGAAUCUCUUCAGCAAGACGCAGUUCUCGGAAAGUAUCUUGAACCAGACAAAGCAACUGCUGCUUCAGUCAGCGGACUUCCUUCUCCUCGUCCUCGGCAUGUAUCGGGUCGUGAGAGGCGAGAUGACCUUGGGGAGAUGCUUGGCAUUUCGCUCGUACUUGAGGAAACUGUAUUCGGGGCUCGACAGGCUGCUUGAGAUCUACGGAGACUUCCACUUUUCGCUUCAGUCGUCGGAGAGGUACUUCGACUUGGUCGACCGCACUCCUGCGAUCCAAGAUGGAGAGGACGAGCCGCCGGACCGCCGAGAGAAAGACGGGGAAACAACUGCAGAUCCGAGCCAGACGGAACUUCAAGCAGACGAAAAACAACUCUUGGGAGAACAAGAGACGAAGCGACAGUCCUCCAGGGGAACUGACGAGACUGUCCUCGAGUUCAAAAAUGUCUCUCUCGCCUUCCCGAGUUCGGCCCUCUCAGGAGGUCAGGAGACAGCCUCCGAAGCACGGCGGGAGGAGGACGACGACUCUGCGGGGAGACGAAGGAGACGCGGAGAGGUUCUCGCCGAUGUCUCCUUCCGAGCGGGGAAGGGAGAGAUCAUGGCAAUUGUGGGCCAAUCAGGAGCUGGAAAAUCGACGCUAGCGAAGCUGAUGCAUCGCUUCUACGAUCCCCAGGAAGGCGCGAUUCUCUUGAACGGCAGAGACAUUCGAACUCUGCGUCUCCGCGACUUACGCUCUCGCAUAGGCUUCGUUGAACAAGAGCCGCAUCUGCUGAGACAGAGCAUCGCAGAAAAUAUCGCCUACGGCUUGUACUCUCCUCGGCCGACGCUGCUUCAUCGCGCGCGACUUCCCUCGCGCUCUCCACUGUCCUCGGCUGAGGGACGAAACUCGCGCAUGUCUUGUUCUUCUGGUCCUUCCUGCUUUGGAAACCUCUCCCGGCUGGAUCCGAGAGAAAACGAACUGCAGACAUCCGCGGCAGGUCACGGGCGCCUGCUCGCAAGCGACGGGACUGCCUCCAGCAACGAACGACAGGAAGAGGACGACGAAGAAGAGUUGGAGGAAAUUUUGAGUGCGAAGGAAGCCGAGUCUUGGCCGCGAGAACUCCUGAGAAAAACUGUCAGAGCGGCAAAAAUCGCGCAUGCACACGAAUUUAUUCGACGCCUGCCUCAAGGGUACUUCACCCUCUGCGGAGAUGGAGCGCCUGUGAGACUCUCAGGCGGACAGAAACAAAGAAUUGCAAUUGCGAGGGCCCUCUGCCGAGAUCCUCAGGUGUUCGUCUUCGACGAAGCGACGAGCUGUCUAGACACCGCAACGGAGGCUGCGGUUGAGGCGACGCUCGACCUCCUUCGAAAAAAUCAAAAGACCAUCUUCGUCAUUGCUCACAAACUUGCAACCACACAAAAAGCCGAUUUUCUCCUUGUUUUAGACAAAGGCUGCAUUGUGGAGCGCGGCCGCCCGGAGGAAAUUCUUGAGCAACCCAACUCGCGAUAUGCUCAACUUUUUGCCGACGAAAAACCGAAGGAAUCUGUUUAGCUUUCCAUCUCAGCUCUCCGCGGUGCUGACUUUCAUGUUCCAUGUCGCUACACAACAUGUCGAUAUAUAUAUAUAUAUAUAUAUAUGCUUGAAUACAUGAAUAUACGUCUUUUGGAACACGGAAGGAGGCAUCUACACAGAGAUCACAUAUGUGCAUGCACAUGGAUAGAUAUUUGUACGGGGGACAGCAUUUGUUGGACUGUUGCUUCUGAAGUACUGCGACACCGUGAAACAUGACUGCGAGACUCUGUGGGUCUUCAAACGGUGUGAACACCAAAGGAACAGAAACACAAACAUAAGAACAUACCUACGAUUUGUCUCAUAAAUCUACAUACAUAUAUAUAUAUAUAUAUAUGUCAGAAUGUAUAUAUGACAGUAUAUAUAUAUAUAUGUAUAUAUAUAUAUAUAUAUAUAUAUAAAUAAAUAAAUAAACUGAAUUGUUUCUUUAGGUUCGUUGUUUCGUUGCACCUGGAUUGUCUGCUAUGCAAGGCGAGCCUCGCUCACGCGAGGCUGGUGCGCGUCUUCCGACUUUGAUUGGUUUGCUCGAGGAGGGAAGUGCAGAGAAAGGUGCAUCAAGAGAGCCAAGUCUCUUCUUGACUGGUCUGGACCGCAGUCUUUCUCACGCGGCAGAAGGAAAUGACGGUUUUUGAAUACAGACCUGUCUAGGUGGUGGAACGAAGAAACACUACUCAGCAGCGCAGAGAAGCGCCUUCGUGCGGUUCAGGAAACGCCUGCAGCAACGGAGGUUUUCCAGAGUGGAGAAGUGCAGACAGCGGGGGAUUGCCGCUUUUCGAAGACAGCGACUCGUGGAAGGAGGCAGACAAAGGAACGCUGAAGACGGAGAGGAGAGAACGAGGUCGCCUUGCCUCACACAGAGGCGCAGUCCUAAGGCAGGAGAAGAGUCGAACGCUGCGGGCGUUGAAUGGCGUGGACAACGGGGACGCUGACAGCGCAUGCGAGAGAGAGAAAGGACGCAAGCAAAAAAGGCGACGAAGCGUCUGACGGAACAGACGUUCACUUGAAGUGGGUGAAAGAGGGAGAACGGUCCCCGAGAAGAGAAGGACAGAAACAUGAGAAGGGAGAGGAGCGACCGGAAGAAAGAUGGACACAAGGUUCGUGUUUCCUAAUAAGAAACGAAGGUUUUUUUGAGAACCAGUGUGAACACAAGCCUUUCAGAUCUCCCUCGGCGCUUCGUCGAUGUCUCCAGUGGCUUCUGUUCGAAUGCAAAGUUCAAUUUCCUGAUCCA